UUAGGGCGGGGAGAAGUGACGUAAAGGAGGGGGCGGGGGUUUCUCCGCACGCGCGCGGUCUUGCCGCUCUGGUCGCCGCGGAGGAAGUUGGACUUGUCUGCUCCGGGCGCCAUGGAGCUGCCCCCCUCCCGUUUCCAGUCCUGUCUGGAUUUUUGCCCCGAAUGCGGCUCCGUCCUGCCCCGCCCGGGCCCCCACAGCACCAUCCGCUGCCCCCGCUGCGCCUUCACCCUCCGCAGCGCCGAUUUUGAGGGUAAAGUUGUCCGCAGCACCAUCGAGUUCAACCGGCUGGAGCCCAUGGCAGGGAGGGGGUUGGAUCUCACACCCCAUCUUGACGGGCCCCUGGUGGAGCGGCGGUGUCCCCGCUGCGGGCACGAGGGCAUGGCGUACCGCACCCGGCAGAUGCGCUCGGCUGACGAGGGCCAGACCGUCUUCUACACCUGCCCCCAGUGCCGGUUUCAGGAGAAGGAAGAUUCGUGAUGGGGUAUUACCCCCCCCCCAGGAGUAUUUACCCCCUCCCACAUGGGUAAUAAAAGCCCCGAGGGUUUUUAUUCA